AUGCAUACAAUUUUCCAGUUUGUACAGCAACCACACGUAACUUUCAACGAAUUAGUUUACAAGCAGAAGAGCGAACAACUACAAAUGACUAAAUUCGCUAACAGAUACCGUCGGGAGGUGACGACAAUGCUUCCCGAACUGCCCCAAAGCGACAUGUCGCCAGGCGCAUUAGUUCCCAUCACUGACGCGUGCUACCCGUUCGUCAACACCUCGAACCACCAGUUCUUUAGUCCCGGAUAUAAUCCUGGAUACCCGGAAGGAACUUACACCAACAACACGGACUGCGUUGUUGUCAUCGAAGGUCUGUGGUUGUUCCCCUUUUAUAAAAGACAACAUUGA